AUGACGGGCAUUGAUCCAGGCGACUGCAACGUGCUAGGUCGCUCGCGGUUGGGCGUUUUUCGCCACUCCAUACGCGUCGAGUUGGCGGUUAAAGCUAAUUCCAGUGGGCCAAUUGUGGUGAUGGACAGCCUGGCUCUUUCAUUGUGGCACCCAAAGUUGAAGAUUGAGAGUGGGGAAGGUGACCAUUUGUUAACCCAUCCUGGCGGUAGGCGACGAGCUUCCUAUCGAGGUGAGCUUAAUCGGGUCGAUGAUGAUGCGGCCGGCGGCGGCACUCUCACGCCCCUCACAGCGGAAAGUUUGGUUCGGCCUGCAAACAUCGGGCACUUUAAAUGCUUGCGGGAACGGCUCCCGCCGUCCCCACUGAUUGUCUGA